GAUAAGGUAAUUGCAGAUUGCUGAACAAAACAGGUGUCACUGCCCUCAACCAGUAAACAUUGCCUAGCCUAGAGUUUUCUAAGUGCAGAUUAGUUGCAGCCCGGAGGUUGGGAUGUGUGAGAAGAAGGAGGAAUCUCUAAAACUCUAAUCUGCUUUGCAUUAAUCUGCGGGAGCCAGCGUACUCCAGCCCUGGGCCAGGGAGAGUCAAAUGUUUCUCAGUGGACGCGGUGAAGCCGUUUAACUGCUUCGCUGUUUCGAUUCGACACCCCAUUAAAGAUGCUACUGUCUCCGGUGGCUGAGAGGAACAAGGAUGCCCUGCUGCAGGUACUCGCAGGCCUUCUGGGCGGUCACUCGGAGAGGCAGCUAUUCGGUUUGGAGCUGGGAUCAGGCUCCGGUCAGCACGUCGUCCACUUUGCACAGGAGCUGCCCUUUGUCACCUGGCAACCUUCAGAGAUCAGCAACAGCGCUCAGGACAGCAUUUAUGCCUACAUCUCAGCCACCAAGGUGAAAAACGUGCUGCAGCCUGUCUACCUAAAUGUGGAGGAAGCAUGGGGAAAAUGGGCAGGGAUGCCCAGGAGGUCCUGUGAUGUCAUACUCUGCAUCAAUGUGCUACACUUCUGUACCUUCAACACAACCAAGGGUCUAUUCAAGGGAGCUGGCGAACUCUUAAAAAUUCACGGACUACUUAUCACUUAUGGGCCCUAUGCAAUCAAUGGGAUCAUCAGUCCAGAAAGCAACGUCCAGCUGGAUGGCAGCCUUCGGGAAAGGAAUCCUGAGUGGGGGCUCCCUGAUAUAGACGUUCUAAGACAGCUGGCAUACAAGAAUGCACUGCGCUUGGAAAGAAUGAUUGAAAUGCCAGAAAGCAACAAAUGUCUGCUCUUCAGAAAAAUAGAACUAUAGGACUCCAAAUGUGUCUAACAUUCCUCAGAUAUUUAUUUAUUUUUAACAUGCUGGAUUUUUAAUCUCUGGUUGCAUUUAUGUCAAGAUGCAGAUUUGACCUUGUAUUUUAUUCAGCAAAAAGUAAUGCAGCAUUUAUGAACAUUGUGUAUUAUCUUCUAAAAUAAACAUAUCAAUAAAAUCACUUAACAUUCAAGCAAACGUCUGACAAAUGUUUAAAGGCUGGUGGUCCUAUAAUCUUGCACAGGGAGACAACUAUUUGGCAUCAAAACUAGGACUCUACCAUCCAAACCGGUAGGAACCCUGCUAUUAUUGGAGCAUCCACAUAUUGCCUAUCAAUGACUUAAACUUUAUUGAAAGAUAUACUGCAUGGUAGUAUUAAGACAUUUUGACAAUAUCUAUAUAUCCUGCUAAUCAAGAAGAAACUAGGAAUGUCUGAUCCUUACAUUUCCCUCCCCAUCACAGACUAACACUUUUUGGAGAAAAACAGCAGAGUUUAUUACAUACGAUCUUAAAAUAAUUUCUUAAAAUCAGACAGAUCAGUAAAGCAGGAAAAAAAAAAAAAUCACAAAAUACAUAAAAAGGUUACAGAA